AUGUUUAUCGCCCAUCUUAUCCAUGAAAGUAGUGGCUUUCAGCAUCGGGAAGCGAUGAGUCGCGGUAGAGGCCAGCCCUACGGUAGGUACUACGGUCGAGGAUACAUUAUGUUGACCUGGGAAGAUAACUACCGCGCAGCGUCCAGGGAUAUGUUCCACGAUGACAGGCUGGUACAGAAUCCGGAUCUAGUGUCCGCAAGCACGAGCCUCAGCAUGGAUGUAUCUAUUUGGUACUGGAUGACGAGAGUACGUCCGGAAGCGGCACCGUUCAAUAAUUUCUAUCUAACAACCAAAGCUAUCAAAGGAGUACUGGAGGGAAACGCGGGUAAUCCGGCUGCUAGAAGACGUUUCGAUCUGUAUCGUAGAGUAGCCCUAGAAUUCGGGCUUUAUAAUCUUGCUCGCGAGGGUUAA